AUGCCUCCCAAAACUCUUCACGAUAACGUCUCCCGACGCAAGAAUGCCUCCCCAGUUGGCAGAGCCGUCUUCGUCGGCCUCCGUGCCCUGGAUGUCUGGUGGCAGCACAACCUUCUGACUCGGGGAUGGGCAAUGCAAACCAUCGAAAAGCUGGGAGGGCAGUCAAUCUCAAGGUCCCAAAUCCUUACUUCUACAAACGUCACCGGCCUCCAGCCGUACUACAGUCUCGUCAGUCUUCUCUCCCUUGGCAGCAGCAUUAAGCAGAUCGCAACCAUGAUCAUUAUUUCCGAGCAAGAGACCCCCGUCUCUUCCGCGAUAACCGUGGCCGCAUUCAACACCAUAUUCAACUCAAUUAAUAUCCUCCUCUCCGUGUGGGCUGUGACCUCUCAAGCGCCCAGCUCCUUAUCUUCAAGCCACUUCCCCAACUUCUUCUACGCAAACCCUCUAAUUGCCUUCGGAGCGGGUACAUAUCUCAUCGGAAUUCUAACCGAAACAGUCUCCGAGUUCCAGAGGACAGAAUGUAAGAAGAAUCCCGCGAACAAGGGCAAGCCGUACAGCGAUGGACUGUUCUCCUUCGCGACCCAUAUCAACUAUGGCGGAUAUACAAUUUGGCGUACUGGCUAUGCGCUUGUCACUGGGGGGCUCCCGAUGGCGGCUCUGCAAUUUUCUAUCUUUUUUUAUGAUUUCGUAACCCGUGGGAUUCCUGUGCUGGACGAUUACUUGGCAAACAGGUACGGGGAUGCGUAUAAGGAGAUCAAGUCGCGCGUCAAAUACCGUCUGAUUCCGGGAGUUUAUUGUCCUCACAUGUUAAAAGAGAAACUCGCCACUGUAGCUCGAGUAAUUCUAGGUAGUCAGGGGGGUAUAAGAGGCUAG